AUGGAAACGGCAGAGUCAUUCCAGCUACCUGCAAGCCGUGAUUACCAGGGAGUGACGGGAACGGUACAAGUUGAAUUCUAUAUGAAUGAAAACACAUUUAAAGAGAGACUAAAGUUAUUUUUUAUUAAAAACCAGAGAUCAAGUCUAAGAAUACGUCUGUUCAAUUUUUCUCUCAAAUUAUUAAGCUGCUUAUUAUACAUAAUCCGAGUGCUGCUAGAAAACCCUUCACAAGGAAAUGAAUGGUCUCAUAUCUUUUGGGUGAACAGAAGUCUACCUUUAUGGGGCCUACAGGUUUUAGUGGCCUUGAUAAGUCUAUUUGAAACAAUACUACUUGGUUAUCUCAGUUAUAAGGGAAACAUCUGGGAACAGAUUUUACGAAUACCCUUCAUCUUGGAAAUAAUCAACGCGGUUCCCUUCAUUAUCUCGAUAUUCUGGCCAUCCUUACGGAAUCUGUUUGUCCCAGUCUUUCUAAACUGUUGGCUUGCCAAACAUGCCUUGGAGAAUAUGAUUAAUGAUCUACAUAGAGCCAUUCAGCGUACACAGUCUGCAAUGUUUAAUCAAGUUUUGAUUUUAAUAUCUACAUUACUAUGCCUUAUCUUCACCUGCAUUUGUGGGAUUCAGCACCUGGAGCGGAUAGGGAAGAAGCUGAAUCUGUUCGACUCCCUUUAUUUCUGCAUCGUGACAUUCUCUACCGUGGGCUUCGGAGAUGUCACUCCUGAGACAUGGUCCUCCAAGCUCUUCGUGGUGGCUAUGAUCUGUGUCGCUCUUGUGGUCCUACCCAUCCAGUUUGAACAGCUGGCUUAUUUGUGGAUGGAGAGACAAAAGUCAGGUGGAAAUUACAGUCGGCACAGAGCUCAGACUGAAAAGCACGUGGUUCUGUGUGUCAGCUCACUGAAGAUCGACUUACUUAUGGACUUUUUAAACGAAUUCUAUGCUCAUCCAAGACUACAGGAUUAUUACGUGGUGAUUCUGUGCCCCACCGAAAUGGAUGUGCAGGUUAGAAGGGUACUACAGAUCCCCAUGUGGUCACAGAGGGUCAUCUAUCUUCAAGGCUCAGCCCUCAAAGAUCAAGACCUGCUGAGAGCAAAGAUGGAUGAUGCGGAGGCCUGUUUUAUUCUGAGCAGUCGCUGUGAAGUGGACAGGACAUCCUCAGACCACCAGACAAUUCUGAGAGCGUGGGCUGUGAAAGAUUUUGCUCCCAAUUGCCCUUUGUAUGUCCAGAUAUUGAAGCCUGAAAAUAAAUUCCAUAUCAAAUUUGCUGAUCAUGUUGUUUGUGAAGAAGAGUUUAAAUACGCCAUGUUAGCUUUAAACUGUGUAUGCCCAGCAACAUCUACACUUAUUACACUACUGGUUCAUACCUCUAGAGGGCAGGAAGGCCAGCAGUCGCCGGAGCAGUGGCAGAAGACAUACGGCAGAUGCUCUGGGAACGAAGUUUACCAUAUUACUUUGGAAGAAAGUACUUUCUUUGCUGAAUACGAAGGGAAGAGUUUUACCUACGCCUCGUUCCAUGCGCACAAAAAGUUUGGUGUCUGCUUGAUUGGUGUUAGAAGGGAGGACAAUAAAAACAUUUUACUAAAUCCUGGUCCUCGAUACAUUAUGAAUGCUACGGAUAUAUGUUUUUAUAUUAAUAUUACCAAAGAAGAGAAUUCAGCAUUUAAAAACCAAGACCAGCAGAAGAAAAGCAAAGUAUCGAGGUCAUUUUAUCACGGGCCUUCUAGAUUACCUGUACAUAGCAUAAUUGCCAGCAUGGGUACCGUGGCUAUAGACCUGCAAGACACGAGCUGCCGGUCGGCGAGCGGCCCCACGCUGUCCCUUCCCGCAGAGGGGAUCAAAGAGGUCAGAAGACCCAGCAUCGCUCCUGUGUUAGAGGUGGCAGAUACGUCAUCCAUCCAAACAUGCGAUCUUCUAAGUGAUCAGUCGGAAGACGAAACUACAGCUGAUGAACACGUUUCCUCAAACUUAGAAUACGCUAAAGGCUACCCACCAUACUCGCCAUACAUAGGAAGUUCACCCACUUUUUGUCACCUCCUUCAUGAAAAAGUGCCAUUUUGCUGCUUAAGGCUAGACAAGAGUUGCCAGCAUAACUACUAUGAGGACGCAAAAGCCUAUGGAUUCAAAAAUAAACUAAUUAUAGUUGCAGCUGAAACAGCUGGAAAUGGAUUGUAUAAUUUUAUUGUUCCUCUCAGGGCAUAUUAUAGACCAAAGAAAGAACUUAACCCCAUAGUACUACUCUUGGAUAACCCCCUAGAUGACUUGCUCAGGUGUGGGGUGACUUUUGCUGCCAACAUGGUGGUGGUGGACAAGGAGAGCACCAUGAGCGCCGAGGAAGACUACAUGGCCGACGCCAAGACGAUCGUGAACGUGCAGACCCUGUUCAGCCUAUUUUCCUGUCUUUCCUGAAUUAAACUCACCCAGCUAGGAAUUCCCGCUAUGGGCACUUUUAUGACUUUUAGAUCUUCUAGGUGUUAUAAGUUAUAAUGCUCACGAAUUUUUCGAUUUCAAAUUUCUGAACAGAAAGAACGAGAGAGAGGUUCUAAUUUGGCUUUUAUGUUCCGACUGCCUUUUGCUGCGGGGAGGGUGUUUAGCAUCAGUAUGCUGGACACACUUCUUUACCAGUCAUUUGUGAAGGACUACAUGAUUUCUGUCACCAGACUCCUGCUGGGAUUGGACACCACCCCGGGGUCGGGCUUCCUCUGUUCUAUGAAAAUCACCGAGGAUGACUUAUGGAUCAGAACGUACGCCCGGCUGUAUCAGAAGCUGUGUUCCUCCUCCGGGGACAUCCCCAUCGGGAUCUACCGGACUGAGUCUCAGAAACUUACGACAUCUGAGUCUCAAAUAUCUAUCAGUGUGGAAGAGUGGGAAGACACCAAAGAUUGCAAAGAGCAAGGUCAUCACCGAGGCAACCACCGCAACUCCACGUCCAGCGACCAGUCCGACCACCCCCUGCUGAGGAGAAAGAGCAUGCAGUGGGCCCGAAGACUGAGCAGAAAAGGUCCAAAACACUCUGGUAAAACAGCUGAGAAAAUAACCCAGCAGCGACUGAACCUCUACAGGAGGUCAGAGAGACAAGAGCUUGCUGAACUUGUGAAAAAUAGAAUGAAACACUUGGGUCUUUCUACAGUGGGAUAUGACGAAAUGAACGAUCAUCAGGGUACCCUGUCCUACAUCUUGAUCAACCCAUCUCCAGACACCAGACUAGAGCUGAACGACGUUGUGUACUUAAUCCGACCAGAUCCUCUGGCGUAUCUCCCAAACAAUGAACCCAGUCACAAAAACAGCAUCCAGGCUACUGGUCAAGAGUCUCGUGAGGAAACGCAGCUUUGAUAAUGAGAAAAUCAGAGACUUCUUUUUUCUUACGAGGAUCUUGCUCGAAAGAACUCUACAUCUUAGGGGAAAAAGUGUUGCUGGCAUAAAAUAAACUAGAUUGGAAUGUAUUUAAUUCUCACAUGUUAAAAAAAAAUGUAUUCUCUUAGAAGUAUAGAUUAUUUUGAAAUUCCACAUACUGCUUAUUGGUAUUCCUAUUAAUAUUUGAAAGACAUCAAUGAAAUGAUUUUGAAAAACUAUAUUAAAACACAAAAUUUGAAAUCUGAUAUUUGAUCGUUUGACAAUAAUCCAAAUGGUAUGAAGCCAAUUUUAAAAAGUAUUAGGGUUUUGUGAAAGUGACCUGAAAAUCCAGCUGUGUUUGGGGCAUCACAAGGGACACAGAAGAUCGCCACUCCUCUUAAAAAGUAAAUGUGUCACAUUAUGUUCUUUAUAAAAUCGAGAUCAUAAAUGUCUAGUCUUCUCUAUCCAGAGAUUAACGAACAAACUUGUCGGCUGACAUUUUUGUAAGAAUCAUAGUUUAGAAUGUAAAUCUUUAAGUUAUUUUAACCUGUUUCUGUUGCCUUUUCAUGUGGGAUCAUAUUUAUUUCAGCAUGUUUCAUUACACUGAAGAAAGCAAACAAAAAGAAAUAUCAAGUACCCGAACUUUUUGCUAACUUUAUGUCUGACACAGAGCGUACGCCAAAAAAAAGUGCACUAAAAAGCAAAUAUUGAUUGUCCUCCCAAAAGAAUGCCUAACAUAGAUAAAAUAUUUAAAACACAUUUGUUGACUUAAUUUAGUUUAAGAAUUGAAACAUUAACUGAAACAUGCCGUAAUGCUUUUAUUAGGCUCUUGAGUUUUAACAUUUUUGAUAUAUCUAUCUAUAUAGAUGAUUUCAUUAGAAAGAUACUUUAAAAAUCAAAGAAGCAAAAUAAUAUCUCUUGUGGAUUACAAAGACAUACUGAAACAUUGAAAGUCCUCCUUUAUGCUUUUGGAACUGAAAUAACUAUACAAACAAAAAUGGUAUGUCAACACAUUUUAUUUAAUUUUGAAAAAUUAUCUAUAGGAACCAUGUUUUAAUAUUGUGAGGAAAAGGUAUAUAAUAAGGAUAGGUAGUUCUGCCUUGAAAUUUAAUAUAAAUCAUGCAGAAUUAGACAGUUAUAAAUUCAAUAUAAAUUGACCCUUGGUGACACCAAUACUUUGGUCUGUACUUUUUUUAUUCCUUCAGAAACAGAGUGGAAAGCACAAAAGCAUAACUCGCUAGGUAGCUGGAAGGUGUUUAGGUAUUCCCAUGAAAGAGACAUUGGUAAAUUUUAAGAUAUUUUUCUUGUAAUUUUUGUAUUUUUUAAAUUUUUUAAUUUGACAUUGAGUUUCAAUUCAACAGAAUAUAGGACUUAUAAGAUUGGAAAGAAAUAUUUUAUCCUUUUUUUCAUAAAGCAGAUACAUUGAAAGGAAAAUAGAAAGAUUAAAAGACAGAUUUUAAAAAGUCUAAUAGUACCCAAAUGAUUCUGUAGAAAUAAAAAUGUAAAACAUAAAAUGUAAAAUUAUAGAUGAUAGCCAUUGUGUAAUUGGUUUAGAGAAUAUAAAAUGCCUAUUUGUUGUCGUUCCUGUUUUUUAGUAAUUUCACAUUAUUCUCAUUUUGGAGUAACGAAAACCCUAAGAAUUUCCCCCCAAAACAAGGAGAGCCUGUCUUUAAUUUUCUUUAAUCAGACAGAAAUGCAGAAUUUAUAACAAGUUACCCAAAAUUGGAAGUAUACCUUACAACAAAUAUCGUAUGCGUAGGUGUGUGUAUGUUAUAAAAACAUGGGAAAUAUAUUUGAUAAACACAAACAUUAACAUGUAAAGUAUUCGGACUUAAGGCAGAAUCAAACUCACCUGUAACGAGGGUUACAGUGAAGGUAACGAACCCGUUUUACGUCCGCUCAUCAGUAGUCAAGUACGAUGUCUGAGUUGCCAUUUCUUUACUUCGUCGCAGUUAUUUUUAGGAAUAAAUGUAAGAUUUUGUGACUCCUCAAUUUCCUCACAAGAUCUCGAGUUUAGUAUUUUUGCAUUAUGACCAUUAUCAAGACUAGGAUUUUCAGUUAGGACGUGACUAUAUUUCCUAUGAAACUAAAUACCGUUUCACAAAUUUUACAAUAUUUUUGACUAUGAACAUUAGCCCAAAUUUAAUAUUUGAUGCAGUUCGUAUCGGCUUGCUGUAGUAAUGACAGUUUAUUAGUCUUUCUGUUAUUUAAAGAAUAAAAACAUGCUUAUAAAAGCCUUUUAACAAACUGUUGCCUUUUUAAAACACUUAACUUGCACAUGAAAAUAAAACAUGAGUCAAUUAUAGUCCUUGUAACCGUAUGGGGACUAGUUCUCUUUAUUGUAUAUGUACCAUUUUGCUACCAGUUACACUGAAUUGCUUUAAAAUAAAUAAUAAAAUUAUUUCUGAUGAUGAA